AGAUAUGGUACGUACGAGCAUCGGAAUAACGCGAUUUAGGUCCAAGUACUGAAUACAACGGGAGAUCACUCUAAUAAUAUUCUAAUCACUCGAUUCGAGGAGUUCUUCAAGAAGUGGAGGUAAUUUUGGAUUAUGGCAAACAUUUACUCAGGAAUUUACACAAAACUCAAAGACAGAAGUACUGAUGUUAAGGACCGUUUGAAACUUGCCAAGUUUGCCUGGUUAUCGGAUAAAGUAAUCUUCCCAAACAAGGAGCAGAUACUCAUUGAUUUCCUCAGUGGCCUUCUUUUAAACAGAAAAAGAAAUAACAUAAGAGAAGAUGAAGCUGUCCUAGUUUGGAGAUGUCUCUGUGAACUUCUACAGACAAGGAAAUGUCAUAUUCCAGCAAAAUUCAAACAGACAUUGAUCAUCAAGCCCUCCAUAUGUCAGGUUUUGUGUGACAGCAUUUUGUUGGAGUACGAGAAAAAUUCGGGUUGUACAUCGGACGUUGUAGGAUGUGCCCUGGCCAUCAUCAAGUCGCCAUCUUUGUCAUAUGUUGUCACAUCAAAAUACGAUUUUCUGGUCAAGUUCCUGGCUAAUGCAUUAUUAUUGAUUGUGCGAACAAUCCAGGAUGGCAGAGUUGUCCUCCCUGAUUUGGUUCAGUUGUCUCAAAAAUGUACAGCAGCUUACACUGUAUCACAGCGAGCCCAUCCCCAGCAGGAGAAAGUUUUCCAAUCUGUGGUUGAGUGGUUGCUUACACCAAUUUUAUUGUUGGGAAGUUUGACAGAGAAAUUUCCGGUGCUUAAAGAACAGGUGGAGAAACUCAGCAGUAUUUUAGAUCAGGCCUUUUUCCACAAAGAGCACCACCCCUUUUAUGAGAACUUCUUAUUGGCUGUAGUUGGAAAGAACGAAAGUAAACCUAAAAUUUCCAAGACAACAGAGAGUCUUUUUCAGUUGUUAUCAAAUCUUCUGAACAAACAGAGAGGACAACACAGCCCCACAGAUGUCCAGAAAAUUGCCAGUCAGUAUCUCGCAGUCUUCUUUGAACACUUCCUUUCACAUAUGUGUGCCAGUAAAAACACACUGACAGGGUACAGGCUGUUUGUCUACAUUUGUGGUAUGAUUGGGAUCAAGGACUCCAGUACUGAUUUACUUGGAUCGUUAAGUUGGGAUGAUGUAGUGACUGUAUUAUCUCCCUUGAUGAGGAGCUUACUGAAGCAUGAAAUCUACAGCCAGCCUCAGGACACAGAAGAUGGAAACGUUCAACUGAAAUUCUACUGUCAUGUUUUAUGUGUUGUUUUACGUAACAAACGGUCCUCAUUCUUUUACUCCUGUUUGGAAAACUUGCUAGAACUUAAUCAUGCUAUACUAGAGUCCAAACUGCCUGAGGUUUUAAGAACAGCCUGGUUUGAAGUGCCUGUUGCGGAAUUAGAGACUAAUGAGAAAACAUCUAUGGGUAGUUUUGUGACUAAACUACUUCAAACAUUCUCCAAACUGAGACAGAUUCCUAAGAUGGUCAGUUUACUGUUAACCUCCCUACAAGAGUCAGAUCUUUGUCAUACUCCAGUCUUAGCACAGGAAGUGACAUCACAAUUAGGAGAAAUAGUUGAAAGUCUACCGCAGAAAGUGGCUAUUGAAGUUUGGGAGCUUCUGUUGAACAAUGUUUCUGGAUUCCACCUUAAACUGAAAAAUGAAGAUGUUGAUACCAGUUCAGCCCACAAGCUUUUGUUUGUGACGGAAUUGUUUGCUGUCAUCCUUUCUCGUGUUAAAGUUGCUGACUAUACUAUUACCCACCUGACAAGGUUAAAGGUCAAGGACUUAAUGGCAGCCACACAAUCCAAAUGUAUAACUCCACUGAUUAAGAGAGUGACAGGCAAAAAGUCAUCUACCCCUGAGCCUGUCUUGUUCUCUGCCCUGGUUCUGUCGUAUUUCUGGGGAGAACUCCGCCUACUCCUGGACGAGUUCAUGUUUAAUGACCAACGGUCUCAUUGUCACCAACAAAAUAUAUACAGAGACUUAGAGGCCAUCUUUACUACUGACAGUAAGACCUGGAAGAGUCUCCACAUGGCAGUUACUAGUGUAGGAGAGAAAAGAGAUUCUUACUUAUGGAAACUGUUGACUACUCUGGUGAUGAAGGCAAUAUUGGCUGAUCAACACAAAGUGCUUUCCAGUGAUGGCAGUUUGAUAAAAAUUCUUGUGAGGCUGUUCUCUGACCUAGAUACGAGUUUGCCAGAGGAAGAAGGCUUGGUGCACGGAAUGUUAUGGGAGAUAUCUGAGAAGAGCUACAGUCUGGCUUGUGUGGAUCUGCUGUUAGCAAUGGUGCCGUUGUGUGGUGCCCACUUGACCCCUGAUACUACUCAACAUAUAUCAGACCUGGUUAUGGGGAUUAUUACCAAUCAUACGGACACAGAGAGCAGAUGUCGUGUUCAGUAUCACUUAUUGGGGAAAUGUCAUCAUCCUGGCCUCCUGGAGAGUCCAACAUGGCUGGCAUGCAUGAUGACAUCAGCUUUCAGGACAUUGCUCGCCACAAUCCAGGAAAACCCACAGAAUCCACGCAAAAAGCUGAAAUCUGAAAACAAACAUGAGACUGUAAUGUCCAUUAUAGAUGGUGUGAGUGAAGCUGUAUUUACAGAAACAGCGUCUGACAACGGUGAGAGGUUGGAAAAACUUCAGCAUAUAUCCAGUUUGAUCAAUACUGGUCUUCUGAAUGUUGAUGGAAAAUGCCAAGUUGGAAUGAACUCAGCUUCAUGGAUGAUAUGUUUACAGCAAAUAGAAACUCUCGCGCAGACUGUCCAAUCACCAGUGGAGAAAAUUAGGGGCUUUCUAGGAAUUCUGGCUCUGUUGACUGCAGGAAUGGUCCAGAAACCAAAGAUUGGAGAAGAUGCGAUGGAUAGAAUGAUAACUGUUCUGAUACAGGUUGUAGAGAAACUCGGUCAGACCCCUCUGUUUCACCUGAUCAAUGUAAACAACUAUAUCAACUGGUUCAACUGGAUUUUAGUAAGAGAGAAGACAAUGUAUUCUGCAGUUGUCUACCAGAAGUUGGAGCUUCUGCUGGAGCUGUCAUGCAGAGUUAUGGUCACUGACUUUCAGUUACUUCCAGAACUCUUUAGCAUUAUGUCCAAGGCACUUCAGAGUUUUUCAAGAAAAGAAAUUCCACGUUCUGUCAUCUUAUUUCUGAAGGAGAUUUCUCAGCUUCUGAAGAGGUCAUAUUUGAAAGAGGAUAUAAUCACAUUGUGUCGGACAGGUGUCCUGGAGAUUUACCAUCACCUGCAGUCACAUAUGGACAAACUGCCAAAAUCCUCAAAGACAUUUACAGUGGGCCACAUCCAGGCUUUGUCCACCAUGCUACAGAUUCUACCAGAAAAACAGAUAGCUUUGGAUUAUGUUAGCGACAUCUACAAUGCCUCACUGAAAAUCCUGGAGACUCCACAGGGAGAUCUUAUCCUUACAAGUGCGUGCUUAGAGUAUCUGGAGAGUAUUUGUUUGUGUAGAAACACAGAGGUCGACCUUUUGAGUUGUGAACAAAAAUUGACCUUGUGGUCCGCAUUAUACAAAGUGUUCUGUAACUUCCUCAAGGAAAACAGCAAGAAAUCAGUCAAAGAAGACAAAAACAUCGCUGGAUAUAAUUUAGUUAGCAGGAUUCUGGGAGACAAGGCAGUGGAAGGAGAGCAAUACUUUACAGAAUAUUCUUUUGAAUGGCUAUCACAAGACGGAGGGAAACAACAGAGUUGGAGCUGGACUAGGAAGAGGAUGAUUUUUGAUGGAUGUUUUGAGAGGGAUGGCUGGAAACUGAUUUUUCAGCAGGUUCAGACAGUCAUUGGAGCUCUGAUUUUCUGUCUGGAUGUCCGUCAGUUUCAAACAGUCAUUGAUUCCUUAGUGUUAGAUUGUAGCCUUAAGGAACUGACUCAGGGGAGGGCCUUUAGAAUGCUUGCCUCCCUUCAUCUCUGGAAGCAGGCCAUUCACAAUGAAUUAACAGAGGAGAAAGGGACAGUGGUUGUUCAGGCUGCUGAGGAGAUCAUGCUACACUUCCAGUCAGCCAUGAUACUGUUGAAAGAUAUUCAAGAAGAUGCUCUGAUUCUACAUUUGGCUGUACCAAUACUGAACUGUCAAGAAGACAUGCUGAAUUUUGGCCCAUCCCUGAUGUCAUCACAGUAUGCUGUGCUCUCCCUGCAGAGCUGUGGAUCUAUUCCAUUAUGCACCUCACAACAUUACACAGCAUUCCAUGCUAUGUGUGGAGUUUUGACCUCAUUGAUGUUACAUCAUACAGAGACAGUGCUCAAGGUCAUACCAACCUUCAUCAGCUGUACCAAUCAUUUGAUGAAAUUUUUGAUUAAAAUGGGAAACCAAGAGGUGCUGACAGACAUGGACAGUGUUGAUGAGUGUAGAAAUUGUGCUCAUCUCCUCAACAAAUUAUGUGUUCUAAUAGCAUCGCACAAGCUAGAUUUCUCAAAGGUCGCUGUGUACAUAGUGUCUAACUAUGUAUCAGAAGUUCAGAAGGUCACACUUCAUCCGACUGUCAAGCGUGCUUUGCUGCCUGCGGUGUAUGCUAUUUUGGACAUUUGUGACAACCACGUCAUUUCCCAGUUACACAUGGUGCUGACACAUGGAGUGAAGGAAGUGUUCAAAUUGUUAUAUUCAGACUACAUGAAAUACCACCAUUACACGGGAAAAGUUUGAUAGUGUAUCAAAUAAACACUUUAUUAUUGAAUUUGUA